GUUUGCUCUCGUCCGAGUAGGACGACUUCAAAUCUCCAAAGUUAUCUCAAAAUGGAGCCAUUUGAUCUUCCGAUGUCUUCACCGUCCUUCAUGGAACCUCUAUCGAAUGUCCGUGAUCCGUACAAAGCAACGUACGUGCCCGAUAUGUCAUUCAAGUCCCAUACCGGUGAGUCACCGAUAAAUAAUCUUCAAUCACUCUACUUGGAUCAGAACAAUUUUGUUCAAACUACCAGUCAGGCAUUGGAAGACGUUUCUUCGCACAGUAGCGCCUUUGGAUCGGCGGGAAACAUCUAUACAUGUGCGCCAGGUUUGGACCACCGACUGUUUUCACCUCAGUCACAGACGGUACCUCAUCCACUCUCUGACACUACGAGCGCACUCUAUAGUCGAGAAUCAACACGACACGAUAGCGAGAAGAACGAUCUUUCCCCAGGAGCGUUAGAUCCUAGUAUUGGCUUCCCAAACCACCAGCUAGCAGCACCUCAGUUCCCGCGACCGAGAUUCCCAGGCGAUCAGGCCGAUGCUUACUCCUUCGCCGACCAUCCACCGUAUACACAGAAUCCUUUUGUUUACUUCCAACCCACUCCGCCCCGAAUCAAGGAGACCACAUAUCAAACAUCCUAUAGUCAGUUGUAUCCCACAGCAAAUAGACCCUUUUCCAACGUGAUCUGCGAUCCCCAUGAUUUUCAUUACCCCGUCGGAGACGUAUUCCCAAACUCACCUUCGACACGUCGACUUAGCGGUGUCGGACAUCAACCCGGCCACGAUUCGAAAUCUAGGCAAUGUCUAUCCUCAGCCGAUGCUGUGGACGUCGAGGGAGUAGAUGAUUCGUGUCGCUGUAAAAACACCGUCGAAGGAACGAAAACCUCGGUGCGACGGUUUCGGAAGUGGUAUAAAGAUAAAUUCGGGAAAAACCUCGACAUGAAUCGUGUUGAUCGAAACAUGGCGAUUUCCUUACUCAAGGAUUUUUUCCUUGAAAUACGCGAUACGCGGCCUGGCAAAGAAGGCAACGAAUACGAACCAGUAACUCUUACGACUUAUAGGAACGGACUGCGCCGCUAUUUCUUAGAGAGAAAGGUCCCUCCAGCUCCGGACAAUUUUGAUCUCGCGGAUAAGGAAUUUGAUAUAGUUAACUAUCAUUUGAUCACGAAACGGAAUGAACUGAAACGAAACGGUAAGGGCAAUCACCCUAAUGUUGUAGAAAGCAUUACUGAGGAACAGCUGGAAAAAAUGUGGGCUUCAGGUGCGAUAGGAACUCACAGUCCGCGAGCUUUACUAAGGCUUCAGUGGUGGUUAAAUACGAUCCAUCACGGUAUACGCGGUAGAAUGGCACAUCAUGAUCUUAAUAUCGAGGACUUUCAAAUCUCGCGCUCAAUGGAAGGCAAGCUGUGUAUUGAACACAUAAAAAACACUGCGAAACGAAAGCUUUCAGUCGAAAAUGAUAACGACUACACGCGCAACAAGCGAAAAUGCAAGGCGAGAAUGAUCGCAACCGACGGAAGCGAACGAGACCCCGUUCGAGCUUUUGAAGUCUACUUAAAACAUCGUCCGCCAGGAAUCUCGUCGUUCUACCUCACACCAAAGCACAAACCGAAAGGCGACAUCUGGUUUAACAAAGUACCGAUGGGAAAGAAUAGCAUCGGACGAAUAAUGCGAGAGAUCAAGGCAGUCGCUGGGAUCAACUGAACAUUAAAAACAUUCGGUCGAAAAAUAGACAAAGAAACAGUUUGUUCCUAUACUCUUUGGCUAAAAGCUGUAUAAAACUCUUUAGAGAUAGUUCAAAAAUAGACUUAAAUAGCCAAGCAUUUACUGCUAAACGAGUUGAACUCCUCAAAGACAUUUUCUAUAUAGGCAAAAGGUCUGAACUAUACAGGUUUUGAUCAUUAUUUUCCCAUCAAUAAUUGUGGUAUAAUACUUAUAAUGGGGGUAUUGCAACUCAUAUAUAUUGAAAAUAGAAUACUUUAGUUAAUGAAUUCACAUAUGUGUUAUACUAGCUUAAGUUAGAAACUAAUGAAACGUGCACUUACUAAUGGGACCUGUGUUUAUAAAAACGGCAGAUUUUAUCUCACUGUAGUGCCACAAUGUACAAAAACGCGAGCCCUCUGUUAACACCUUAGAUAUAGCAAUGCAGCUAAUAAUUCGUACGAGCGAGGCUGUGAAAGUUUAUUCCAUUACUCUUUAGCGAACAAAAUCUGAAACAAAAUGUUUCAAUAUGAAAUUGAACAGCACGUUGAAUAUAGCAUAGUAUAGUUCAACCCACGGUUAAAACUGAUAAAAUUUUGAAAAAGAACUCGCUUUUUUGUACAUUGUUCGCCGACACAUUAGCCGAAAACUUUUAAUACGCAGGCUUAUACUGCUAUAGUAUAUAUGUUUUUGCUGGGGACUAUACAUAUAAAUGUACAUAUAAAAUAUAGAUCUAUAUAUGAACAUUGCCAUUGGAAUAGGAAGUGUAAUUUGGUCGGCCUAUUGUUGUAUUAUAUUUAGACAAAAAGCUAGAAAGAAAUAAUUGUACAUAAAAAACAAAGGAACGAAAGAUAUAUAAUAAAAGUUUGAAGUAUUUAAUAGCUUUGCUGUGUGAAGUCUGUGCAAUGUUUACGAGUGAUUAUG